AGGCAAACCGUGCGUGCUAAUGGGAGGUGCGGGGGAAGGACAACAAACUCAACACAAGAAGUCGUUCUAAAGAAAUGAGUUUGCAAUCGAGCAGCAGCAACAUCGUCAGUUGUCUACGAUGGUUACGAAUCGGUCUCCACUGGUGGCAGUAUUUGUAGUGUCUGUGUUCACAGGACCUGCCCACUUUGCCGCUCUGAACGUGAGGACGGAUUCCGAGGUUCAAAUCACAGAGGGAUCCGUGGCCCUGCUCUUCUGCUCCUUUGACUGCAGCCCCAACAGUGACAAGGCCACGACUGUAGAGUGGUCUCGAGUGUCUGACGGCUCAAAGAUCUUGGUUAAGAAUGGCAACUACUUCAAACCUCACCCGCGGAUGGAGUGGGCUGGUGAUGAGUCCAACUGCGAUGCCACCAUUCGCAUCAAUGACGCGGAGACCAGGGACUCCGACAGCUACCGGUGCAAGGUGAUUCGCCAGCCCUCCAACGACCAGGGCUUCAGUGUGGUCAGACUGAGAGUCUCCGAGACUAGAGAUCUGGUAGUCCGUGCCCCUGGGGAAGUUACGGCGGUGCAAGGAGACACUGCCUUCCUGCCAUGCUCCUACUUCUGUGGCGUCAAGGGCAAUAACGACACGCUGGUGGAGUGGUACAAGACCAUAAACGGAGAAAAGAAAAAGAUAUAUAAGAUCGAACUCCGGAGCUUGAAUGAACCGCGGGUGAUGUGGAUGGGAGACGAGUCCAAGUGUGACGCGUCCAUCUUUAUGCGCAACAUCCAGAACGACGACUCUGGUCCCUACCGCUGUGAGGUGACACUUCUCUCCUAUUUCAAACAAGGCAGCAAGACUCUACAGCUGAGAGUACAAGAAGCAGCACCGGUUCCUUCAACAAUCACAACUCCGACCACAACUCCAACCACAACACCAACACCUGGAGGGCUGACUGCUGGAGGCAUUGCUCUGGUCAGCAUUGCUGCUGUGGUUGUAGUUGCUGCUGCAAUUGGUGUUUACUUCUGCUGGAAGUCAAGAGGUGACAGACCACAAGGAGAAGACGUCGAGGAUCACGAACUGCAGCCAAUGGCACCAGCUGAAGGAGGCGGCGCAGCUGAGAGAGAGGAAGAGAGAGCAGAUCGAGCCCCAGGACAAAGAGAAAAUGGACAUUUGACAGUGGGUGACAUCGUUUUGAACGAUGACUUUUCAGAAGCCUGAGCAGGCAGGCCUCAGGAGCUCAUGAUGAGAAAGUGGAUUGAACAACAACGUCACUUAUAUAACUCACACGAUCACUCCAAAGAUAAGUAGUAACAACCUUAGCCUCAAUACCUUUUUUGGAAAUGAACCUAUUUAAGUGAACCUCAUCAAUGCAGUAUGAAACAUGGUCAUGUUGGGAAAAUGGCUUUUCAUUCCAUCAUGUCCUUGCUAUGAGGUGGGCGGAUAUUGUGUUCUUCAUAUUAUGGAUAGAAAACCAUAAUGCAAACUCAGGUGAUCCUUGCAGUGGCGGGUUCUUGUUAGCCAUCGAACUAAGGUGGUCACUGUGUAGUGACAUAAGAAGGGAGGGGCUGCUGGGGGCUCUGGGACCCUGGGCGGGCCAGGCGCUUAAGCCUCUUGGCGCCAAGCGCUGGGUUCCCAGGUAGGGCAGACGCUUAAGCCUCUUGGCGCCAGGCGUUUGGUUCCCGGGUGGCCCAGGCGCUUAAGCCACUUGGCGCCGCCAAAGGGGGGGGGCUGUGUGUGCUCUGUGGGAUAUCUGGUGGUGCACACGGCCCCACCCCUCGUUGGGGACUAGGCAUAAAAAAGGGAGCUCCCUGGACGAUCAGGGCCAGUCGUAGCUCAAGACCCAAGACCCAAGACCAGCCAUCUGAGGACCCUGGGAUGUUGUGAGAGCCAGUGGUGGGACUCUGGAACUCCCGACUCUACGACCUUGUGAGGGCGAGUUCCAGAGCGUAGCCAGAGUAGUGUACCUUGGCUGUGUACC